GAACACACUUACUGCUAAGAGGAACAGUGCGCCUGCAUUAAGAGGCCAAACUCUGGGCUUAUAAACAGUAAUAAAUACUACUUCUCUCCGGCAUGUAACGUGCGUCAGCCCUUUAUCUUCAAUCACAAGCUCUGCACCAUGGUGUCGUAUAAGAGACUGACCCCGGAGGAGGUCCACUUCUCUGGUGUGCCUUUACUGCAGUCUGCUGAUGAUUCACAGGACAGUGAGCUGAAGGUAGAAGAUGCAGAGCGCCCCCUGCUGGCCCGGAGGCCUCACUGCUCCAUCACUGCUGCUCUGUUUAUUAUCGGAGGCUUCAUCCUCAUAGUCCUCGGCGUCUGGUUACUAGGUACUGUGCUGUGGCUGCGUAGUACCGCUUCCAUAGGGAUCCACCGCCCUCCGUCUCCCGCAGGUCUGCCCAACAACGGCUCGCUGCAGGAAAGCCGAACACAACCGGAAUCCUGCACCAGUAUUCCGGAAUCCUGGAGGUUCGACUGCUAUCCAGAGGGAGGCGUGGUGGUGACCGAGGAUAUGUGUCACGCCAGAAACUGCUGCUUUACACGUGCAGCCAAAGAGAAGAACGGUGUCCCCUGGUGCUACUAUCCACCCGAUUUUCCAUCAUAUACGCUAGAGUCCAUUAAUAACACCGAGAUGGGAUGGAGCGGGAAGCUGCUCCGUACUCACAAGACCUAUUAUCCCAAGGACAUCGAGGUGCUGAAGCUGGAUGUGCUGUACGAGUCCAACAGCAGACUGCACGUGAAAAUCACAGAUCCAGCACAGCAGAGGUUUGAGGUUCCUAUAGACGUACCUAUGGUGGAGAAACCAGCUCCCAGUCCCUUAUACACAGUGGAGUUCUCCAAACAGCCCUUCGGGAUUAUUGUGAAGAGAACGCAGAAUGGAGCUGUGCUGGUGAACACCACUGUAGCUCCACUCUUCUAUGCGGAUCAGUUCCUGCAGAUGUCCACGUCUUUGGCGUCUAAUUUUGUUUACGGACUCGGUGAACAUCGCUCCAACCUGGUGCAUGAUGUGCAGUGGAAGACUUUUACCAUGUGGGCUCGAGAUGCAGCUCCAGAAGAGUCCAUCAACCUUUAUGGUGCUCAUCCAUUUUAUCUUGUUAUGGAGACUGAUGGACUGGCACAUGGGUCUUUCAUGCUGAACAGCAAUGCUAUGGACGUCGUCCUUCAGCCUGCUCCGGCUCUGACCUGGCGCACCAUCGGGGGAAUCCUGGACUUUUACGUUUUCCUCGGCCCUGAUCCCAGCUCUGUGGUGUCCGAGUACCUGGAGGUUGUAGGGAAGCCUGCGAUGCCGGUGUACUGGGCUCUGGGUUAUCAUCUCUGUCGCUGGGGUUACGACUCCAGCAAUAAAACCUGGGACGUUGUGAGAGAAAUGAGGAAUUCUGGGAUACCGCAGGAUGUGCAGUGGAAUGAUAUUGACUACAUGGACCGUGCUCUGGACUUCACCUUCGACCCUGUGACCUUUUCCACUCUGCCUGACCUGGUCAAAGAUCUUCACCUUCACAGCCAGCACUACGUCAUGAUCCUGGAUCCGGGGAUCAGCAGCACUCAGCCUCCUGGAAGCUACUGGCCGUUUGAGGAAGGAAUAAAGAGAGGAGUCUUCAUCAACAACUCCAGUGGAGAAACGCUCAUUGGGAAGGUGUGGCCAGGACUUACAGCGUUCCCAGACUUCUCCAACCCGGACACACACGAGUGGUGGUACCAGAACCUGCAGAAACUUUACGCCCAAGUCCCGUUUGAUGGCCUGUGGAUUGACAUGAACGAACCCUCGAAUUUCUUUGAUGGAUCUGUGGACGGUUGUCCUGACAACGAAUUAGAAAAUCCUCCGUAUACACCAUAUGUUCUGGGCGGCAGUCUGAAGGCUAAGACUGUGUGUGCGUCUGCGCAACAGAAGAGCAGCUCACACUACAACCUGCACAGUUUAUACGGACUGAUGGAAGCCAAAGCAACAGCAAGCGCGCUGAAGAGGAUCCUGAAGAAGCGUCCGUUUGUGAUUUCCCGCUCCACAUUCCCGAGUCAGGGACAGUACUCUGGUCACUGGUUGGGAGAUAACAGGAGCCAGUGGAAGGAUCUGUACAUGUCCAUUCCAGGCAUGCUGACCUUUAACCUUCUGGGCAUUCCGCUGGUGGGGGCGGACAUCUGCGGCUUUUCUCAGAACACCACGGAGGAGCUGUGUGUGCGCUGGACACAGCUAGGAGCUUUCUAUCCCUUUACCAGAAACCAUAACACUAAAGAUUCACUGCCUCAGGAUCCUACUGCGUUCAGUCCAGCUGCUCGGACGGCGAUGAAGGAAGCUCUCCUCCUCCGUUAUUCCCUCUUUCCUUUCCUUUAUACACUCUUUCACUACGCCCACGCCCACGGACACACCGUCGCCAGACCUCUGUUCUUUGAGUUCCCUACAGAUGAGAAGACGUAUACAAUAGAUAAACAGUUCCUGUUGGGGAAGAGUUUGUUGGUGAGCCCUGUCCUGGAGCCCGGGGUGGAUUUCGUGGUUGGUUACAUGCCUGAGGGGAUAUGGUAUGAUUUCUACACAGGUAAAUCAAUGGUCAGUAAAGGUGAAGAGAUCAAGCUUCAUGCUCCUCUGGACAAAAUUAACCUUCAUUUGAGAGAAGGAGCCAUCAUUCCCACACAGAGACCCAACACUACCCUGUGGGUGAGCAGCGGUCAGCCCCUGCACUUGAUCGUGUGUGUGAGUGAGGGCGGUCAGGCUAACGGAGAUCUCUUCUGGGAUAAUGGAGCUUCUCUGGACACCUUCGAGAAGGACAACUACGCCUACAUCACCUUCAGCCUGAAACAGAACACGCUGACCUCAGAGGUGGUGCGCAGUCACGUGGAGGCCACGUUCCUCACGGUGGAGACGGUGUCCUUCUACGGCGUGAAGGCGGAGCCAAGCAGUGUCACUGUGAACUCACAUGAAGCGCCGUUCAACUACACGUCCGAUCAGGUGUUGAGGGUAGAUGAGUUGGGUCUGAACGUCAGUCAGAACUUCAUCAUCAGCUGGAAGUGAUGAAAACUCUGAAAAAGGGAAGCUUGUGUUUGAUGAUUUUUUUCUUUCAGAAUAAAGCGGUCUCAUUUAAAAUGAAAAAAUUCCCAUGUUGAAGGAGAAGAGGAUUCUGGGGAGUGUGUUAUUCUCCCAGCAUUCAGGGAUCAGGGUGUGGUGCAAUCAGCUUCAGCAGGACCAAGUUUUCAUGAUGGACAUUCACCAGGUGAAGAAUUCAGAGGUGCUGCUGAGAAUGAACAAUCUCCCAAAUCCCAGUAUUACAGCUCUACAGUCUAGAGAGUAUAAUAGAGUAUUAUAGAAUAUUAUAAAGAUUAUUCUCUAUAGAGAUAUUUGUAUGUCAUUAACAGAUUCUAUCAGCUUGAUUUGCACUAAGCAGUGACGGUACACUGACAUCAGAAGUGUUGCAUGUGUGAACUUCAUCAUCACUGGAUUUCUCAUCUGACUAGACUCUGAUUAGACUCUGCACUCUGGUUAGACUCUGUCUAGACUGAUUAGACUCAGAUUGCACUCUGACUAGACUCUGUUUAGACUGAUUAGACCCUGACUAGACUCUGAUUACACUCUGUACUCUGACUAGACUCUGAUUAGACUCUGUACUCUGACUAGACUCUGAUUACACUCUGUACUCUGACUAGACUCUGAUUACACUCUGUACUCUGACUAGAAUCUGAUUACACUCUGUACUCUGACUAGAAUCUGAUUACACUCUGUACUCUGACUAGAAUCUGAUUAGACUCUGUACUCUGACUAGAAUCUGAUUACACUCUGUACUCUGACUAGAAUCUGAUUACACUCUGUACUCUGACUAGAAUCUGAUUACACUCUGUACUCUGACUAGACUCUGAUUACACUCUGUACUCUGACUAGAAUCUGUACUCUGACUAGAAUCUGAUUAGACUCUGUACUCUGACUAGAAUCUGAUUACACUCUGUACUCUGACUAGAAUCUGUACUCUGACUAGAAUCUGAUUACACUCUACUCUGACUAGACUCUGAUUACACUCUGCACUCUGACUAGACUCUGUACUCUGACUAGAAUCUGAUUAGACUCUGUACUCUGACUAGAAUCUGAUUACACUCUGUACUCUGACUAGAAUCUGAUUACACUCUGUACUCUGACUAGAAUCUGUACUCUGACUAGAAUCUGAUUAGACUCUGUACUCUGACUAGAAUCUGAUUACACUCUGUACUCUGACUAGAAUCUGUACUCUGACUAGAAUCUGAUUACACUCUACUCUGACUAGACUCUGAUUAGACUCUGUACUCUGACUAGAAUCUGAUUACACUCUGCACUCUGAUUAGACUCUGUACUCUGACUAGACUCUGUACUCUGACUAGAAUCUGAUUACACUCUGUACUCUGACUAGACUCUGAUUACACUCUGUACUCUGACUAGACUCUGAUUACACUCUGCACUCUGACUAGACUCUGAUUACACUCUGUACUCUGACUAGACUCUGUACUCUGACUAGACUCUGAUUACACUCUGUACUCUGACUAGACUCUGAUUACACUCUGCACUCUGACUAGACUCUGAUUACACUCUGUACUCUGACUAGACUCUGAUUACACUCUGUACUCUGACUAGACUCUGUACUCUGACUAGAAUCUGAUUACACUCUGCACUCUGACUAGACUCUGAUUACACUCUGUACUCUGACUAGACUCUGAUUACACUCUGUACUCUGACUAGACUCUGUACUCUGACUAGACUCUGAUUACACUCUGUACUCUGACUAGAAUCUGAUUACACUCUGUACUCUGACUAGACUCUGAUUACACUCUGUACUCUGACUAGACUCUGAUUACACUCUGCACUCUGACUAGACUCUGAUUAGACUCUGUACUCUGACUAGACUCUGAUUACACUCUGUACUCUGACUAGAAUCUGUACUCUGACUAGAAUCUGAUUACACUCUGCACUCUGACUAGACUCUGAUUAGACUCUGUACUCUGACUAGACUCUGAUUAGACUCUGUACUCUGACUAGACUCUGAUUACACUCUGUACUCUGACUAGACUCUGAUUACACUCUGUACUCUGAUUAGACUCUGAUUACACUCUGUACUCUGACUAGACUCUGAUUACACUCUGUACUCUGACUAGACUCUGAUUACACUCUGUACUCUGACUAGACUCUGAUUAGACUCUGUACUCUGACUAGACUCUGAUUAGACUCUGUACUCUGACUAGACUCUGAUUACACUCUGUACUCUGACUAGAAUCUGAUUAGACUCUGCAUUCUGACUAGACUCUGAUUAGACUCUGCACUCUGACUAGACUCUGAUUAGACUCUGUACUCUGACUAGACUCUGAUUAGACUCUGUACUCUGACUAGACUCUGAUUACACUCUGUACUCUGACUAGACUCUGAUUACACUCUGUACUCUGACUAGACUCUGAUUAGACUCUGUUUAGACUGAUUAGACCCUGAUUAGACUCUGAUUAGACUCUGUUUAGACUGAUUAGACCCUGAUUAGACUCUGACUAGACUGAUUAGAAUUUCAAAUUAGACUUUAUUUAAUUGGACUGCAUCUCUUGACACUUGAAGGUUUAAUGAGAUUGCUGCAUUAUUUAUUUUUCUGCUGUUGUUUCUAACAUGUUGUGCCUUAUCCCUCAUCAGACGUCUGUUCUCCUGCACUGCUGCUUUACUGUCAGUGUUUUUCAGCUCUGUAAUAAUAAAAGCCAAAUAAUUCAGCAGCGCUGCUCUGCGCCUGCUGGGGAAUGUCGCAUUAUCACAUGCAAUCCAUAGCUGUACAUUUUGUUUAGGUUUAAAUGUAAUUAUUCUUCUCAUUUGUAAUGUGUGUGCUUUUAAUAAAGAUGUAAAAAAUAAAGAUAUUUUGAGGUUUGAACAAAAGUGCCCUCAGG